AUGAGCAGACAAAAGAACCACGCCCUUGAUCGGGCUCGAGUUAUCCGACAUCGGUUCGCCCGCCGCCAAGUCCCGCGGGCCGCGCCAAACUUGACCCUUCGCAACGUCACUCCGCACCCCGUCAUUCUUUGCUCUCGUCACAACCAACUCUCCAAGUCCACGCCCUUCUCGCCCGUCAUUGAAAGAGCCAAAGCAAUGAAGAAGCUCAUCAGCCGUCUGAUCGCAGCCACGACCAUCGGUCUCUUGGCCAGGGAGCCAAGCAGGGCCUGCUUUGCCAACGGCGCCGACGCCCCAGACAUUCCUCCCGAAACGCGAAGUUACUGGAUGAGAAGAGCAACGGCAACUCUCUUCGAGGUCACGGGGAGCCCGUGUCCCAUGCAGGCCUUUGGAACUGUCGUCGUCAACCAUACUGCGGGCGGGCUGGGCGAGCUCGUCUGCGUAGGCGCCAACGACGUUCAGUCUGGCAACCCAACUCUUCAUGGAGAAAUGGCCGCAAUCGGCAACUGCAGCGCCAUCCUCACGGAUCCAAAUGGCCGAUACAAGCUGUCCGGCCGCGAGGCCCUGAAGGCGUGGGCCGAACUCACAUUGUACACAAACGCGGAGCCGUGCCCCAUGUGCGCGUCCGCAAUUCGUUGGGCCGGAUUCAGGGAAGUCGUCUUCGGCUCGAGCAUCGAGUCGCUCAGGGCCCGUCACUGGAGAAUAAUGACUUUGCCCGCCGAAGAAUUGUUCAAGUACACCACAGACUUGCCGGCCGGAAGGACAGCCAUAGUCGGAGGCGUCUUGGCCAACGAGACGGAUCCGUAUUUCAGCUGGCAAUACACGAGAGGCGCCAGUUGCCCUCGUGGGUGCCAGAUGGAGGGCUCGAAAUGUUCGCCGGCGACUGGCGGCAGCGCAAACUCCGAACACCGAGACGCCCUCGGACAUGAUUGGGGAUGGCUGAAACGGAGCGUAUAG